CCAAUCACAAUAAGGUAUCGUAUGGCUCCGUUAACUACAGAGACCAGAGCUACGACGUCAUUGCUACAGUCGGCGGGAAAAGCCCAUUUGGGUUGUGGUACAGUUACCUUCCGUACGUUCUCUCCGUUUUAGUAACAAAAAGCCAUCUCCCAGCCAAUAAGGAUUUCCGCAACGUCUCACACGCUCCGAAGGCCGCUGUUGGUCAUCUUCCAUCAUGUCUGACACUCUGAUGCGAGGCGUCCGGGUCCAGCUGACCACAACGAUGGACUCCGUCUUGAGGACGGCCGUGUUUGAAGUCAUGAGGAUCUUUGAAAGCGCACUGUAUAACCAUAAAUUGGAGAUGGCGCAGAAGGGAGAAGAGAUUGCUCAUCUCAAAGUAAAGCUUCAAGGUGCAGAGCUAAAGCUUAAAGACUUUGAGAUGAACAGUCAGAGAACAGCAGAGACGACUGAAACCCAAUCAAAGCCAGAAGUUGUUCCAGUUGCCCCAGUUGCCCCAGAACAGCCUGUCACAGUUCCUGAGAGUGAAGUUGAAGUGCCCGAUGACUGGUGUGCUCCACUGGGCUGUGAUGCAUCGAACAGACAAGAGGAGGGUUGUCCCAGCGUAAGACUGCGGCAGUUUUCCAUUCGUCUGUUUCCUGUUCCUCUCAUUAAGCACGAGGAGGACAACCAUGUCAUCAGCCUCCAGAAAUCUCCAGUCAGCAGGAGAUCAAAAAGAAUCUCUGCCAUGAAUGAUAAGCCAAGCUCGAGCCAAGACGAGAGUAAACCAGUCGGUAAUCAAGCAGCUCGGCACCCGAAAAUAAGUGGCGACCUCAACAAAUUACUCCAAGGUCUCAGCAAGGACUUCUGCAACCUCACGGAUUUGGAACGGCUUCGGAAAAGACAAAUGAGUGAGGAAACUUUUACAAAUGAUGAGAAGAAAGCGAAGAAAGACGAAGAAGAUUCAUCAAAGCACAAAGAGAAAAGUCAGAGCAAAUCUAAAUACAUUUGUGAGACUUGCUACAAGGUGUUCAAAACAAAGCGAGGCCUGGGUGAACAUGUCAGUUCCCAGAGGAAGUGCAGAGGCUGCCUGACGGCCCUCUGCUUCAAAAGUCAGGUGAAAUACCAUAAGAGAGCUUGUGCAGAGUACAAGAAGUUGAAAGAAAAAUGCAGACUGAAAAGUAAAGCACUCAACUCCAGCAAAACAGAGGUGAUUGGGAAAAAGGAAAUCACACAGUCUUCUGCUAACAAAAAAAAACCCUCCACCCGAAAGUUCUCCUGCAAACAUUGCAGCUACAAGACUAACUCCAGAAAAAACCUUAGACAGCACAAAAUGUGUCAUAGUGAGAAGACGCAAGCUUUGCCCAUAUGUCUAGAGAGGCUUGAUGAGAAAAAGGAAUUCGAUGUAGACAAGGAAAAACACAAAAGUCUCAUGCAGGUCAGCAACCAAAAUGGAGACUUUGAAUGGACUGAGCCCUUAGAAGAUGUUGACGAAGACGCGGGAUUAAAACACGGCGAGAAAAUGCAAGAAUGAAGGCCCCUGAAGGUGAUAAGUGACGUACAUUUUGUUUUUUUACCAGCCUGAGUGCAUAAGAAGGACAGGAAGACUGCAACAGGAUAGCUGCUGUCCUCGGACAUUAUUUCACUGACAGCCGUAAUUUACACCCACCAUGUUUUGUUUGUUUUACUUCAGAAAUGGAAAAGAACAGCUCCAAGUAUUGUAUUUCUUAAAACCAUUUCAGUCAAAACAAGACGCCAAAGUAGCUUUGUUUUUUCUUAAAUCACAGGUAAAAGGGUAUAAGACGAGACAGGUUUUGUCCUCCAAAAGCAGUCUUCUGCUAAGACGUUGAGUAGUCACCUCAAUGUUUUGUUUUCUCUGACUAAAAUUAGACUGAUGAAGGCAGAUGUAUCCUCAGAAAGUGAAAACUCUUAAGAGAGAAAAUCUACAAACUUGCUAGGUGAUCGUCUAGUAAGUCAAAAGUGCUUCAUCACUUUGUGAGAAAUGAGAUCCAAGCCAAAAUGUGCUUUUUUUCUGAUUGCUUGUAUUUUUUAUUUUUAUUUUUUUACAAAAUAGGAAGCUCCAGUCUCUCUAAGUAUUUGUUUGCAUUUGAUACAUCUUUGGUACUUUACAACUGUAUUAUUUGAUGUUCUUGAAUGCUGGAUCAUCACACAGAGCUCUCUGGUGUCAAUUACAUUGGUUGAAUAGAUUUUAUGUAAUUGUAAAAAAUGGGUCAACUCUACAGGAAUUAUUUCAGCUUAGCUUUUUUUUUUUUGUUGAUAAAUGUAUUACCAUGAAUUUAUAUAUUUCUUUGUUGAUGUGUUUUGAACUUGCUUUAUUUGUUAUGGCACAAUUUUUGUGCUUGAAGUUGUUGGCUUAAUUUGAUUUAAACCCAAUUUUAAUAAAACGUACAAUUGUG